AUGACUGUGUCCUUCACCGGUGCCAAUAACGUCCUUCGGUUCGCCCCCGUCGUCGAAGCGAAGACGCUGUUCGCACGCCUAUUGGCGGCCCCUCCCUCCUCAUUGAUCGCUCUCUAUGCUGCAACCCUCUUGCCAGACGCUGACAACGGUGAAAGCACCGUGAGAGAGCAUUUCUCUGACAAUAUCGUGAUCAACUUUGUACAGCCCAUGGAUUGGGAGAGGGAGACGAGUGCAGGUAUGCUGAAGGAGGACGACGAGACCAUCCACGGCUGGCAUGUUAGGGGAACAAAUGUUGUUAAUGUCAACGAAGAGUUGGAAAAGCAGGAGUGGACUUACCAUUGUUUGAGGGUCCCGGGAGGGCAUACGCAGAAGCCGGGCACUGCAUGGAAAUUGCUCUUUUCGGAGGACAAUUGGGAACAGAAUCCUUCGAUCCGUUCGUCGGCCGUUGUCACAUUGAUGGCCUAUACUUGCAAGCCCCGAACGGUAACCGACACCAUAUCACGUCAGCGUGGUACAACACUUUUAUGCAAUGCAGCCGCAUUGUUAAGUGAAAGGGACUAUCAAGCUAAACGGCCAAAAAUGUGCGAUGGCAAGGGUCUGGACCCGGGCUCCAAUUCUGAAUUGAUGAUUAUGGGAGCUAGCUCAAACCCGAGAACGAAGGAAAAUGUCACGCAUUCAAUUGACGACUCCGCCAAAAUUAUCCAGCUGUGUACGAAUGCCCUAAAGCUUGAACUACUGAAGCACAAGGAAAAAAAAAGAAUGCAACUACGCAGUGCUGAGAUUCCGAUGAGGUGGCGCGAACGGAGCAAGGUGCUCCAAGUAUGCGAAUUGGUGGCUGCAGCAUAUUCAACGCUGCUAGAGCAGCAGGAGCUUAUGGAACGCAUCUGCGAAGAGGAGAGCGGUGCAAUUGAAGUGCCAGAGGAGGAAAGAGCACGCCAGGUCCUCAAAAAACUGUCAAUCACCGCCUGCGAACCAUGA